AUGCUAUUACUAUUUAAAGCGAGGUUACACAUACAUCACCUUGUUUAUCGAGCUUAUUUCAGAUUUCAGGUAUGGCUGGAAUUGUGUCGUUAUCAAGAGAAGAUUUGCUGUCCAUUCUCUCGGAUCACAAGGAUGUUGAACAUAUCAAGUUUUUAGCCGAUAGCGAUAAAUUGGAAAUCAAAGAAAUCGGUGAUGGUAACUUGAAUGAAAUCCAUCGAGUGCAGCAUAAAGAUGGUCAAAGUUUAAUCGUUAAAUUUGCCCCACCCUAUGUCAAGUGUAUCGGACCAGAGUUCCCCUUAGCUACGAAUAGACUAGACAUCGAACACAGAGCACUUGUGAAGUACAACCAGCUAUGUCCAGGGCACAGUCCCAUACCGUACUUCAACGACCAGGGAAAGCAUUUGUUUGCAAUGGAGGACCUAAAGGAGCACGAAGUACUGCGUUCACAGUUGAUGAGGGGGGAACUGAAUAUGCAAGCAGUCACUAAGCUAGCCUAUUUCACCGCAUGUCUCCAUCGAGAGACCCACGUGGCCAAGCUUGGAGAGGAUGAAAUAAAAGUGAUGGAUCAGCAGUUUAAAAAUGAACCAAUGGUAGAACUCACUAACAAUUUUAUAUUCACAUAUCCUUUCAUCAAGGAUCAACCUACAAAUAAAAUUGCAGAUCAAGUGCUUCGUAAAGCAAAUGCAAUAGUUUAUGAUAGCCCAAGAUUAUUAGAAAAUGCCGCAAAGAUGAAGCAGAUAUUCUUAACGAAGAAGGAGGCGUUGGUACAUGGUGAUCUACAUUCCGGUUCGGUAAUGGUCAAGGAGGACUCUAUUAAGGUAAUAGACGCAGAAUUUGCCUUCGUCGGCCCAUGUGCGUUUGAUCUUGCUCUGAUUCUAAGUCAUUAUAUUAUCUCCCACUACCAACACAUGUUGACACGCAAAGACAAUCAGCUCCACAGACAGUUUGCUUACAAAUGUAUCGAUGCUUGCCACAAAACAGUUGAGACGUAUCUCACACAUAUGACUAGUUACCAUGGAAACAAAGAUGAAUAUAUAUCUAAUCUUAUGUCUGAAACAGCCGGGUUUACUGGAUGUGAACUAAUACGAAGGGUCCUUGGAACAGCUCAUGUGGAGGACAUUAAAGACAGUCCAAGUGCAGAGGAGUGUGUCCUAGAUGCUGGGGGUAGACUACUAAAUGCUUAUGAACGUAUACACUCUAUAGACAGAAUAAUGUUCAUUGGAUUAGCGAUGUGUUAGAUCAGAUCAGGGACAGACUUGAAGAUUGUCAAAGAUUGGAGCUAAUAAAAAUAAUGUGUAAAUGGAAUGGUCGCUUUUUAAAAGUUUGGACCAUAUUUCUGAAAGUUUUGGCACAUUUUAUGUUGACAGCGAAACUGCAAACGCUUCUUUUAGCUCUCCAUUCCGAUGCAUAUAUGCCCCAAAAUUGAAAAUUACUUGAGACGACCACGGCCGUAGUAGUCGCCAUGGAAUCAAAGCAAAACCUUAGAAAUUACACG